UUAGCAGCUCUGUUGCCUUGCAGCAAGAACGUCCUGGGUUCGAACCCUAGGCCCGGGGUCUUUCUGCUUGGAGUUUGAAUAUUCUCCCUGCGCAUGCGUCAGGUUUUUCCGGUUUCACUUCCCCGGCUUCCUCCCGCAGUCCAAAAACAUGACUGAUUCGGUUAAUCUAAAUAUCUUUUAGGCGUGAGGGGGUGUGCGUACAUGUUGUACGGCCUGAGUGUCUCUGUGACGGACUGGCGACCUGUCCAGGGUGUGUCCUGAAUUGUGCCCGUAUAAAAAGACAUGUUCAACAUUCCAGACUUUAUAUUAAAUAGUACAGCAUGAUUCACAGACUAAUUAUUAUCAGGAAAUGUAUCCGGCUCGGCUGCUUGCAUUAAAUUUAGAGUGGAAAACCUGAAAAAGCGGAAGAUGUUACUCAACGAAUUUUCAUUAAAAUUCACCAAGAGGCAAGCUCCGUGAGAGGUUAGGUUAUUGGCGGGCAGGCGCAUGGACACACACACACAGGCACACCCCCGCACACACAGACACACACACACGCCUACAUGCACACAAACUUCACAGCUGGUGUGCCUUCCUCCAGCAGAGACUGACAGAAGCAGGGCGACCGCUUUAAGCUGCGAGCGCUCAUCUCUCCUCUCCACCACCGGCGCGUCUUUCACUGUUCUCAUGAAAAACUUUGAAGGGGUAAGGGGCGAAAUGUGCAAGAAAAUCGUUUAGGAAAAAGAAGAAAAAGAAAAAGAAAGAUCAAGUCCGAGAAGAGCGGUGGAGCCGGGAGAAAGAGGGAGCUAUGCCAUCUCCCGCCGAGCGGAGCCCAGUCCUCCUCAGUUGCGUGUCGGAUCUACAGCAUGGUGUCUCUUUCUGGACUCUGGAGCCGCUGCCUCGCCCCGGGGAGAACCCGUCUCCUUUUCAUCUCUGUCAGAGUGCUUCCGCUACUGCUUCUCCUCCUGCUGACUCCCUUCUCCUCUGCCGAGACCUGCUUCCCUCACCCGGCGCCCUGCCACAUCUUGGCACGGAUCGGACACACCGUGCGCCUCGGUGCGCUCCUGCCGACCCGCCAGCCGGCGCGGAUACAGAACGCGCUCAACCGCGCCCUGGCGAGCAUCCGGCACCAGAGCAGCGGGACGGACUCCACCACCGCUUCCGCCCAGCCGGCCCCUCUGCUGCCCUACAACCUGACCCUGGAGAUGGUGGUGCGGUCGCCGGCGGGGUGGGACCCGGAGUCGUUGUCCCACAGCGCCUGUCAGGACCUGGUGAUCAGAGGCGUGACAGCCGUGCUCGCCUUUCCACGCUCCAGGGAGGAGCUGAUCCAGGUGGAGUUCCUCUCCUCUUUCUUGGAGAUUCCCUUCGUGUCCAUCCUGGAGGACACGGAACCCCUUGUCACUAAGAACCGGUUUCACCUCCAAAUGUCGGCCCGCGUGCCUCCAUCAACCCUUGGCAGCUUGCUGCUGGCGGUCCUGCAGAGUGGCGACGGGGACAGGGACAGAGGGAGCCGAGGAGAAGGCAGAUGGGGAGGUGCAGCUGUGAUCUGCCCCGGAUGGGAUGAAGGCAGCGACGGCUUGCUGACUCACCUGCAGAAGCACAGCGGUCCUGCUUGGCAUUUGUGGGAUAUUAUCAACCUGACGCUCAUCACCGGCAGCAAAGAGAGAAGGGGGGAGACCAGCGAGGAGAGGAGGGAGGAUCAAAUGGAAGAAGAGGCUUUGAACAUCAUCUCUUCCAGUUUCCUGCGCUCCCCCUCGCCGAUCUCCUCCGUGCUACUCAUGGGAUCUGACCCGGAGUGUCUCUCAUCUGUCCUGCGAGCCGCUCAGCGCCUUGCCCCGUCACUUCCAGCGCUGCAGUGGAUCAUGGGAUAUCCUUUGUCCCCUGAUUCACUGCACACUCUGGGAGGUCCCCUUGGACUGCUGGCCUAUGGGGAGGUGGGACGCAAGCCGAUAAGCUUCUACAUACGGGAUGCCUUGCAGCUGGUUGGUCGAGCGGUCACUACGGCCACCAUGGUGAAGCCGGAGUUAGCGCUGGUUCAGAACUUGGUAAACUGUUACGACACACCAAACAGGCAUGAACUACCGUCUUCUGGACAGUAUCUUUCCAGGUUUCUGUCCAACAUCUCUUUCACUGGCUCUACGGGACUGAUCCAAGUGGAUGCUGGUGUUUCUCGAGUCCUUUCCUCACAACUCUUCCACGUAUGGAGUCUUAAAAGAGGUGCGCUGGGUCAGCCAGCGUGGGUUACUGUAGGACAGUGGACCCGUGGUCGACUAGAACUUGAGGGAGGCAUUUUGGGACUGGUGGGAGGACUCGGCAACAGCCAGGGACAAGGCCUUGGAGCUGGUGUCAGAGGAGGGGAUGGUCAAGGGGAUGGCUAUUUUGGAGGACGCUGGAGACCAGGACUUUCCGUCGAGGAACACCGCCUCCGUGUGGUGACAUUGGUUGAACAUCCAUUUGUCUUCACGCGGGAGGUCGACGAGGAUGGUCUGUGUCCAGCAGGUCAACUCUGUCUGGAUCCUAAAACUAAUCGGACUGAUGUAAUCAACGGCCUCUUCAACCAGCUUCACAACCCCAACUCUACAGUGAUAGACUGGGAAGGAAUUGAUUUGCCAGGGGAUCUAAGGAAAUGCUGCUAUGGGUACUGCAUUGACUUGUUGGAGAAACUGGCAGAGGAUAUGGGAUUUACCUUUGACCUUUACAUUGUGGGAGAUGGAAAGUACGGCGCGUUGAGCGGGACGGGACGCUGGACUGGCCUUGUGGGGGACCUCUUGAAUGGAACAGCCGACAUGGCCGUCACCUCUUUCUCCAUCAACUCUGCCAGGAGCAGAGUGAUAGAUUUCACUUCUCCCUUUUACUCCACCAGUCUGGGAAUUCUGGUUCGUAGCCGGGACACGGCAGCGCCCAUCGGAGCCUUCAUGUGGCCGCUCCACUGGUCCAUGUGGGUCGGCAUUUUUGUUACGUUGCACCUCACAGCACUCUUCCUCACCUUGUACGAGUGGAACAGCCCGUUUGGCAUGACCCCCCAUGGCAGAAACAGGCUGCGUGUGUUCUCCUACUCGUCUGCCCUCAAUCUCUGCUACGCAAUACUCUUCGGACGCACCGUCGCCACCAAGACUCCUAAAUGCUGGACGGGACGCUUCUUGAUGAACCUCUGGGCUAUUUUCUGCUUACUGGUCCUGUCCAGCUACACAGCCAACCUUGCUGCUGUUAUGGUUGGAGAGAAAACCUUCGAGCAGGUUUCAGGAAUUCACGACGAGAAGCUGCACCAUCCCUCUCUGGGCUUCCGUUUUGGGACGGUGAGGGAGAGCAGCGCCGAGGACUACAUGAAGAAGAGUUUCCCAGAGAUGCACGACUACAUGAGACGCUACAACCAACCCACAACGCCAGAGGGUGUGCACAUGCUAAAGACAGAUCCUCCGGCUCUGGAUGCAUUCAUCAUGGAUAAAGCCCUGCUCGACUUUGAGGUCUCCAUUGAUGCAGACUGCAAGCUGCUCACAGUGGGGAAGCCUUUUGCCAUUGAAGGCUACGGCAUAGGCCUUCCCCAGGGCUCUCCUCUGACCCGUAAUGUGUCAGAGUUUGUGAGUCGCUACAAGUCUGACGGCUUCAUGGACAUGCUGCAUGACAAAUGGUAUAAGGUUGUACCCUGCGGAAAGAGAGUCUUUGCAGUCACUGAGACUCUGCAGAUGGGCAUCCAGCAUUUUUCAGGUCUGUUUGUGUUGCUGUGCAUGGGUGUCGGCGGAGCUCUGCUGACCUUGGCAGGUGAACACACCUUCUAUCACCUGGUGGUCCCCCGCCUCCGGCGCUCCAACACCCUGCAGUACUGGCUGCACACCAGCCAGAAAAUCCACAGAGCGCUCAACACUACAUAUGAGGAUGUCGGGAAGGAGCUGACCGGCCUUGACCAAAAGCCCUCCUCUUGUAUCUCAGAAAACUGCACCUUACACAGGAAACAGCAUCAGCCUUCUCCGCCGUCACCUCCCACGUCCCUCCCUGCUUCCACCACAGCUGGUGAAACUGGAAGCUCCUCGCCGUCUCAUGAACCCAAGGAGAAACGCGUUCACUUUGACCUGGACACGCUUCACAGCUACCGCCUGCGCACGCACACAGCGUCGGUGCGUGGCCGGCCGGGCAUGGUCGGCCGUCCUGGCCUCGGUCUGGGAGGGUUUGGCUUCGGCAGCCUGGGCAGCUUUACCUCCCCGCCUCAGAUCAAUCUCCAUGUCAACGGAGGACCGGUCUCUACCCUUGCGUCCACGGGUUUGGUCCUCUCUCCCCUGGGAAAUAGGGCUACUCAGACCAGCCUGUGGGAGGGGGAACUGCAGGAGCUUCAGGUGAAGAUCGAAACCUUCCGCAACCAGCUGAGAGAAGCUCUGGCACGAAGAGCUGAGAUCCAGACCAGCCUGGACAGAGAGAGGAGUGGGCUGGUACGAAGGGACACCAGUCUGGACAGGGAAAGAGACAGACAGAAGGUCCAGACUAUCAACACAGACAGAAGCAGUUCCACUCUGUCCAAACUCCCAGAAAGAGACAGGACCAGCCAACUGCAAACCCUGAACAAUCAGCAGACAGGAAGGCCCAGCCAGACAGCUGGAGCUGGUACCGCGGGGCUCGGAUGGACCAGCCAGUUAAACACAGUGAACAGUUUGGACAGAGGAAGAGCCACUCAAUCAUGCCCCGUCGUUACUAUGACAGGAGAAAGGACUGUCCAGUCACGCCCUUCGAGUUUGGAGCGAAGUCAAGUCAACCAACAAGGUGCUGGAAACAUAACUGUCCAGACAAGGAACACUUCUAGCCUGGACAGACAGAAGGCCAACCUAUCACGCACUCUGAACACUUUGGAGAGGACAAAAGCCAGCCAGUCAAGUGUAAGCAGCGGAACCUGAUUGGUUCUCUGAAGCCUUCAGGUGUGUGGGAAUUAACAGAGAACUAGUCAGGUGGCGCUCUCAUUGCCGCGGGAUGAUGGCUCGGAACGGGUUCUGGUCAUUUCACCCUUUUGCCAUUUUGUAGCUUUUGCAGCUUUGGUUUUUUCCUAGCUGACCUUUUGAAAUGGAGCCUUCUGCCACAGGAUGUUUUGUACUGACCCCGAGUCACCUGAAGGCCACAAUAACUAAUUUCAAAUAUAUCCAACUUACAUUCUGCUGUAAGAAAACGUGACUCCAAUUGGAAAUAUGAGCACAAGACAUCUUGGUGUGAUUAGGGGUGACAAGGGUUAAUCUCAAAGAUCACAUAUUUGCCCCCCUUUUACAAGUUUCUUGUGUUUUUGCUGUUUUGUUAUGUCAAAUCAAAUUGUAAUAUAAGAUUAUAAUAACCAGAGUAAAUACAAUCAGCAGUUUUCAAACAAUGACUUUAUGUUUUAAGGGAAUAAGUAACCUGGCUCUAAGUGAAAAUUUAUUUAAUCCUUUAAAUGUCUCUCAGUGAGGAAACAAAGACACAACAUGGCAUACAAUGAUUUAAUUGAGCAGAUAUUAGACUAACAAGUGACAAAAUGGCAAAGUAUGGCUAAAAAACAAGGUACAAAAUUGGCAAAGGGGUGAAUUGACCCGAUUCGGUUGUAGUUUGUUGUUUUUUUGUAGUUCGGGAGUGAGAUGGCAGAAAGCAGGAAAUGUUUAUUCACAAUUUCAUUUGUAGCAAUCGGCCUAAUUUUAACAAUUUCCACUCGCUUCAAUUUAUACCCAGAGACAAAAGCAAAGCUGACUCUUGAGCGAUGAUGAAACGUCCACAUUUGCCCUGCAAUAACAAAAAAACACUAGUCUUAGGAAAAGCAGCAGCAAUUGCAGCGGUGUCUUAAUCUCCUAAAUCAGAUAGAUUAAAACUGGUGGAGGAAAAACAAGUGAACUUUCGAUGGCGGUUCACAUCAAGAUCGAUUAACCACAACUGAUUAAAAAGAAGAUGGCCUCUGGCAACUACAUAAUCAGUGGCAAGAGGGCAGAAAAUCUAUUUUAAUCAAGUUAAAAGACGACUAACUAAAUUAAAAAUUUGAAAAGCAAAACAACAGCCUGACACAAGAAUUUGCAGAAAGCGAUGUAGAAAAGAAGAAACUAUAAGGAUGGAGUGGCAUAGACUGAAAAUACUUGAAAUCGCUCAAUUUAAUGGACUCAAACUGUAACUGUCUUUAUAUUAUAUCCUGUCCUUAAGUCACUAUGUCAAGAAAUGUUUUCUUUUUUUUUUCUCUAUGCUAAAUAAGACAUAACAGGUGGAUGUUUAACAGGUAAUGGAAAUGGAUGAUAUUGGAAUAGGAUUUACUUUAUUUGUUUUCCUUUCUGCAGUAGUUAUUGAACCUUCAUUCAAUGUCUUGUUCUCUCGCUCUCUCUUUUCACUUCUUUAUUUUUUCGAAAGCAAGAUCAAACAACACACAGAGGCCAGGUUUUUUUACGUAUGCAAGAUUAUUUGGGCCUGUGUGUUUCAGAUCAAAAAGAAAGAUGCUGUGUAAAACAUAAAUGCAAAUAAUAUGUGGAGGAGAAGACGUACGAAAAAAAAUAUCCCAAACACAUCCUGCACUCUGAAAACUGCUGCGUAAGCAAUCUAUUUGAUCUCAGCUGUUAAAUAUGGACAGAUCUGGUGGAGAAACACUUUAAUACAAUGGAAAUAUGGAAUAUUUACUAUUUGUAAGUCAAAAACCUUUUUGGCUUAAGGAUCACCAGGGUGGCAAAAAAUACACGCAAAAACAAAAGAAAAUUGGACAGGAUGAAAAGUUUUUUUGUUUUGUUUUUUUUACAUAUUUUUCAGUAUAAACAUUUUUCUUAUAUUUGUUACAGCAAAGGGACUAGGAUUCUGACAUUGUUUCAGACCACGCAGCUUUUAAAACAUGCCUGUGCCGCUGCUAAUUAAGAGGUGGAGACAAAUAUGGUUUUGAAAAACAAACAUUUACAUAUUUGCAUUCCACUUUAACGACUUAAGUCCAAAGCCAAACAAUAAUUCAGACCCAAACGCAGUCCAACCCGCCUUCUCUCCCUCCAGUCAACGUGGGGGGUUUUAACUGAGCGAGAAAUUGAACACACUAGUUCCUUGUCAGUGCUGCUCGUAGGCCCGUUUCCAUGACAACACAUGACCAGGUGACCUCAGAAAGCAGGAGAGAGUGAUGAGAGAGAGAGAAAAAAACGUUUUGAAGUUAAAUUAAUAAACUGGUAAAUCACAUUUAAAUCCUUCUAAGUAGAGCAACACAAAUCAAAAGAAGUGCACUUAUGAAUUAAAAUAUUUAAAUAGAAAGUACAUAAAUGCAACACCUCACAAUUUUAUAUCAGCAUUUUUUUUUUUUUUUACUAGUCCUUUGGUCAAAAUGUGACUGAAUAUAGCUAGCACUAGCUUUCCUUGGCAGGUAAAAGGCUAAUGUUAAUUUUUAUUACACAGCGUAUUCUAUAGGGCGGACUGAAGUUAGCAAUAUGGCCGACUGACUUAAAUAUGACUAUUUAUUGUUUAAGUCGUUUAUACGUGUGUCACUGUUUGGCAAUCAUAAGGCUUUUUCUUGUGUCUUAAAUAAUCCAAUAAGCUGAGUCAGAAUGUUUGACCCACGUGUGGUUAGAAUUACCCAACUGCAUAAACACAGCAUCUGGGUGAAACAGAUAUCUCACUUUUACUUUACUCCUGAAAUAUCUUUGCAGUCCUGCAGCCAUUCUUGCAGCUGACUGGGAAAGUAAUUAAACAUCAGAGCAACAUAGACAUUUAAUGCAGUUGUAAUUGCCGAAACAGCAAAAGCUGUAAAUACACAGAUGAAACCGUGGAUAAUAUCACCUGGGGGAAAAAAUUAACAUCAACAUACCGUAAUAACCAGUCUUUCCAACUGAACAGAUUGUUCCUGUUUCAUGGCUCUUACAGCUUUAAACCAUUGUGUAUUAAUUUUUUAUAUCUCUUUCUCUGUUUUGGUUGCAGUCAAUUUCUGUUUAAGUGCCUGUUGUUAAAGAGUUAAAAGCUGCUCAUUUUGCUAAGAUCCUGAGUUAUGUGCAGUGAUCGUGCGUGCAGUCACCAGUGGAAUAGAAGAGUCGUGUCCAUAAACAGGUUUCAGCUCGCUGUUGCAGAUCCCUAACAUUAUUCAGUUUGUGAUUAUGCGCAGCAAUUAAAUCAGAUGAGAAGUUCUUUCAGUGCUUAAAACAUUUUUGCAGUUCUGUUUAAGAAUAGAUGUUUUACACAGCAUCCCAGAUCUUUUUGGAAAGUUAGUUGUGCAAUAUAUUGCAAAGGCUGAAAGCACAUGUAUAUGUACAGGUAAAAAAAAAAAGAUGCUGCUGAAAAAUCCACUGAGGUGGUUUGACCCAUCACAGAUUUGGUUAUCUCAGUUUUCUGUUUUAAACACAUUAGAUUUUUAUCAUCCUCUUUUUCCUCAUGUCUCCUCUAACCCCAAUCCUAUUAAGGUGCAAUAUUAAAUUACUGCAAAGUACCUUUAAUUAAAAUCCCAUUCCAGGUCAUUCUAUUUAGGGUUUGACAGCUUGCAAAAACCAAGUGCAUUAUUUGGAUUAUGGAAGAAAUCAUUAGAACAAACAUAUGACUCCAGAAAACUUGCGAUUGGGACACAACCUCUUCUUGUUUUGUGCGCCCUUCCUUUUUAAACAUGUCUUCUUUUCAUUUUGUGGACUCUCAUGCAGGUAGCCAGUUGCCCACUAGAGGGAGAUGCAUCUCUGCUUCCCGGUGGCUAUGGAUCCUGCAGAGGUUCUAGAGAGAUAUUUUGAUUAACAAAGCAAAUGAAUCAAUUCAUGUGGUUCGCUUAUAAAGAAAUAACGGCAUGUAAAAGAUGCAUUUGUAGACUUUGUUCUGCUAUGGAGGCAAAUGGUUUUACAAAGUCUCUCCAGCAUCUUAGCAGUGCAGUUACACUCAGUCUUGAGAUUCUCAAACUCUCCAAGCAGAUUUCAGAAAUCUGAAAACACCUACUGAUAUCAUCUUGAUUUUUAUUUUUUAUUUUUUUGGUGACACUAAUGUACAUUUUAGCAUCUCAACCUUUGCUGUGGUGUGAAGUGGUUGUGUUCACAUGCCAUGGUGUCUUAAAAGGACGUAAAAUAUUUUAGGACUUUUGUCAAGGAAAAGCUUGUGGUUCUGGAUAUUUAAAGAGAUACUUUUAAAUUAUCACUUAUUAAAGUUAUAUCGACAUAUUAAUAAAUUUUAUGCAUAAAUGGACAUUCUCAUGUUUUGAAAAUAAACAUUUAUAUACUGA